AUGGCUCAUUCAAGCUUAUAUGCCACCCUUACACUCAGCAUACAGAAUGCCAGAUCGCUGGUGCACAGCGCUAGCUACACUUUAAACAAAAGGGAAGAUGCAGAGAGAGAUGGACAGUACCUGCUGGGGAUAAAAAGGAUCAGAAGACUUUACUGUAAUGUGGGCAUCGGCUUUCAUAUUCAGGUCCUACCAAACGGGAAGAUAACAGGAGUGCACAAUGAAAACAAAUACAGUCUUAUAGAAAUUUCUCCAGUAGAAAGAGGAGUGGUUACUUUGUAUGGGGUGAGGAGUGGUCUGUUCAUCGCCAUGAGCGACAAGGGGAAACUUUACGGUUCGGGUGCCUACAGAGAUGAGUGCAAAUUCAAGGAGAAUCUCCUGGCCAACAAUUACAAUGUCUACGAAUCAGCCGCCCAUCCUGGAAUGUAUAUCGCUCUCAGCAAGAUUGGGAAAACCAAAAGAGGCAACCGCGUGACACCCACAAUGACUAUGACACAUUUCCUUCCAAGGACAUAGUUGAUUUUUACCAAACCUCAAUGGAAGAGGACAUCCCAAAGAACUGUGUGGUUCCUGCUUGAGGUUCUCUACAAUCCAUAAUAUACAAGGACAUGUAGCACUCUGUGAAUAAUUAAAGAUAUUUGCUUUAUUUGUCUUUGGCCCACCAGAG